AUGGAGGCCCAACCUGAUCAUGACUCCCAGGCAGCCUCCGUAUAUCAUCCUGACCAGGCCAUGCUGCAUCUUCUCCGGGCUAGCUAUCCCGACUAUUCACCACAGCAUCCUGUGCCGCCUUCGCUAUCGUCGCAGCCUUCGCCCAACGCCCAAAAGUACACGCCGCCCACCACUCACAGCGACGUUCCCUCAACUCAUCGCAGCCCCAUCGGUUUUGCUCCGCUUCCAAACCAAGACCACAUUCGCAGACCUGCCAGAGAGGUAGUUCCCGGCUUGCCAAGAACACAAACCUUGAAGCGCCAGCUGUCGGAGCGCAGAGAGCAUCUUACACCCGUAGAGAUGCCCCCGGAGGAGCGCCGUGCUGUCUCAUCCGAUAUCAAAUCUCCAUUCAGUAUUCUCACCGGUCGCGACCAUGCCUCGUUUGCCACUCCAAGCGCCUUCGACUCUGCAUUUGACGCAUACAGCGACCUUGCCUUUUCCGCUACAUCAUCUCCUCGCCUCCUCGAAGAGGAGGAGCUCCAAAAUUCCGAAGAUGACGAGGAGCCCCCAAGAAAAGCGCCCAUGCAUGUGCCUCCCCCGACGCUUCAACCCGGAGUCACUCUGAUACCAGGCACCAAUUUGCCCGAUACCACCAACAUGUCUCGUGAGAAGUUUGACGCUCUCAUUCAAAGUGAGCUCGAAAAUGUCUGGAUCCUAAAUUUGAGCAUGCACUUUCGCGACCGCUCCAAGAGAGAGAAAUUCUUCCUCACGUACCGCGAAAGGGAAACUAUAUGGCGCAGAGUCACCAUCUCCCUCGACUAUCGCGAAGCUCCGCCGGAUUCGCUAGAGGGGGAACUUGCCGAAAUGAAGCUUCAAAGAGACAAGAGUGCCAAAAUAUAUGAAGCCCUACGCGACAGCUUACCAGAUAUUCACUUUUAUGACACCACCACGAAUCUCACGCUCAAGACCAGCGAAGGUCGCUUGCAUGUACACGUAGUUGAAGAUGCCAACGAAAAAAUCGAGUAUCCUCGUGUUGAAACACUCAGGCAUCUCAAUUGCUUGAUGGUCAAGGAAUGCGAUAUUGUCUUUGAUUCGCACAUGUCCGGCUUCGUCUACAAAAUCCGUGUUGGAGACCAAGUCAUGGUGAAGAAAGAAGUUCCAGGGGCCGAAACAGUCGAGGAGUUUCUUUAUGAAAUACAUGCGCUCCACAGUUUGCAAGAUUCCGAUCAUGUAAUUCGCUUCAGAGGACUCGUCACCGACGACGACGACGAAAUUGUCAAGGCUUUGCUUCUCGAUUAUUGCCCCGGGGGCACCCUCAUGGACAAGAUUUACGACGACUGCAAGACGACAUAUCUGGGUAUCCCUUGGCGAAAGCGUGAACGCUGGGCUCGUCAAGUGAUCCACGGUGUCGCCGAUCUUCACGAAUCCGGCUUUGUUCAGGGUGAUUUGACCCUUGCCAACGUUGUUCUGGACGACAAGGAAGAUGCCAGAAUUAUUGACGUGAACCGCCGCGGCUGUCCUGUUGGUUGGGAACCUCCCGAGGCCAAGCCGCUUGUGGACACAAAUCAGCGCCUCUCACUCUAUAUUGGCGUCAAAUCAGAUCUUUUCCAGCUUGGCAUGCUCCUUUGGGCAUUGGCCAUGGAAGAAGAUGAGCCCGAAAUACAGGGCAGGCCGCUACUUCUUGGUCCUGAAGUCAACAUUCCAGAUUGGUACAGACAAAUCACCGAGAUCUGCUUGAGUCACGAUCCACGAUCUCGGCUCAUGGCGUCUCAGCUACUCACUAUGAUUCCGGACCAAUUCUUUACUCCAGCCUACAGCCGCAUCGCUUCUCGACCGGCCGUGGACCAUCGUCAUUCUCCUCGCGAACUAUCCGAAGAGAGUGCUCUUAACACUGCUCCCACCAGCGAGAUCAAGAAUGAACAAUUAACCUUCCCUCAGCGCGGCCGGUCUCCUCCAAGCCCUAUACCUAGUGAUUCCUCGCGGCAGCGUCAGACCGGUUGGGCUGCCAAUAUCCCCGUGGCAGCUUCUUAUGACGACAUGGCCGCGAAAGCUAAAAGGUAUCAGGAAGCGAGUCGUAACAGAAACUCAAUGCCAACACCAGAUUCUGAGAACCGCACGCAACAGCAGCAGCCUCAGCCUCAGUCUCAGCAGCAUCAAUCCUCGCAGCAUCAAUCCUCGCAGCAUCAACCUGCUCCUCCUCUGCCCCAACCGCAGCAGCACCAACCGCAGCAGCAGCAACCUUCUCCUCCUCAACAUAAACAGCAAUUCAAACCGCCGCAACCUCAAUCGCAGCAUUCUCCUCCACAGCCGCAGCAGCAGUAUCCUCAGCAGCAGCAUCCUCCUCAGCAGCAGCAGCACCCUCCGCAGCAGCAGCAUCCUCCUCCUCAGCAGCAGCAUCCUCUUCCUCAGCAGCAGCAUCCUCCUCCUCAGCAGCAGCAUCCUCCUUCUCAGCAGCAGCAGCAUCCCAGCAGCAGCAGCCUCAACUGCAAAACGAGCAGCAUCGACAUCAACUGCUGUAUCAGCCCCAACCGGAGUCGCCUCAGCAGCAGCAGCAGCAGCAGCAGUCUGAACCGGAGCAGCCGCAACUGGUGUCUCUUCAACCUCAGCAGCACCAACCCCAGCAGAAUCAGCAGCGCCAUUGGCAGCAUGAGCUCCAGCCGGAGCACCAUCAACCGCAGUAUCAUCACCAACCGGAGCAGCACCAGUUGCAAUAUCAGCAGCAUCAGACGCAGCAUCAGUCUCAGCACCGCCAGCCGCAGUAUCAACCGGCGUCGAUUCCACUGCCGCAGCUUCAGCACCAUUACCGUCCUCAAUACCAACAAUACCAGCAUCAGCAGCCAACGGAUCUGGCACCUGCUCGUUCGCAAGAUAGAGAACGCAGCUUUCUUGCAACCGUCCCCUUCAAAGCGUCUAACCCCCCCGAAGCAACCAACACCUCCGACACAAACAUCUACGUACUUGGACACCGUCGACAGCGACAUCUCAAUGUGGUCUCCCAGCGAAGAAACUGUCGCCUACCAUAGUAGUACCUCCCCGCCCCACGACCUUGUCACAAAAAUCCAUGACGAAUUGCUUGAAGAUUUGGAACGCAACGGAGCAGCUCGGUCGGCUCUGCAGGCCAUUUUCGGGCGAAACAACGAUGAAUACGCCCCUGCUGCCCAGAAUACUGCGCAGUUGCACAACGACUCUACCGUCUCAAAAUACCCUACGCAGCGGGCCGACGAGUCUAUCAACAUCCCCCAAAUCCCUGCACGAUCGGACAAUACCUCUAGUACUCACCAGAUUACUAUGCAACUGGAUAAAAGUGCUUCUGAAAUCCCACAAGCCACCAUGCAGCGAGCUGACGACAGCUUUAACCCCCCCGCCACCGCGCAGCUGGAAAAUGCCUCGGAUUCUCGUCCUUCUAUUUCAAAACUUGCCCAACAAGAUCACGCAAGCCUGCAAACGAAUGUGCCGUUAGAAAAAGGCUUGACAGAUUAUUCAACCACUGCAAAGAAGGACAGCGAUGCCUCGACCGUUCGCCAACUUACCACACAGUGGCCUGACGAUGCCGUGACAAUCCCCCAAACCACUCCGCAGCGGAUUGAUCAUGGCUCAUACGCCCCCGAAACUACGACACAACGCAGCAACAAUGUAGCCACCAAUCGCAAUUCCAGUACGCAGUGGACUCACGAUACCGCACUUGACCCCCAGAUAAGCCCGAAGCGAGUUGGUAUCCAACGGGACGAAAGUGCGUCGAUGAAUACCAAAACCACUGCAGAGCAGGGUGAGAAUGGUUCCAACGUACCUCGAGCAAAUUGCCAGCGCGACGAUAAUGCCUCUAUCAAAGACCAAUCUUCAUUUCAGCGGGAACACAACGCCACUGUCACUCUGCAAACCACUGCCGAGCGGGAACAGAAUACCAAGAUGGCCUCGCAGAUGGCUGCCCAAUGGGAACGGAACACCACUGUCGCUUCGCAGACGGCUACGCAGCUGGAAAAUAGCUCUACCAUUCCGCAGACUACCGAUCAACUGGACGAUAAUGUGAGCGUUGCUUCCUGUAUAUCGCGCACGUCCAGUCCCGACGGCGACCUUGAAGGCGGCGCUCAGCUAAGCAGAAGCGACACUGCAUUUAGUGUCGUUAAUACGCACUUUCAACGACCCGAAUACACAACAACGUCAAAAGUUUCUCUGGAGACCAUCAUUGACACUCCGCUCACGGUUUUUGACCAGCACUCGAUGGAUAAGCCCAAUGGAGCCCUGCCUAGCCUUGGACACGGACAGGGUAUUACCGCCCCUCUUCACACCGACCUGAAGACGGAUAUCCGUUUUGAUAGCUCACUGUGGCCCGAUACCACGCGACGCUUUAUGACUGACACAAAGUCGUGA